CCUUCCGGCUCCCCGGGGCCGCACGGAGGAGACAAGCGAGCCGCCCCGGCACAUGCGCAGUGGUGCUCCACGUGAACGUCGGCGUUUUCCCCUCAGCCCUGAGGAUGCCGCCCGAACGCAAGAGCCGGACGAGACGAGAGCGGAGAGCCGGCGCAACGCCGGGGAGGAAAGCCAGACCCGGGAGCCGCAGCACGUCCGCAAAGGCCGCCCGUUCAUUCCAACGGACACAGCUGGCCGAGCCGAGGGCGGCCCCUAGCGCGGGAUCCGGGGCGGCGGCGGCGGCAGAGGAGGAGGAGAGCCGGCUCCGGCAGCGGAACCGCCUGACGCUAGAGGAAGACAAGCCGGCCGUCGAGCGCUGCCUGGAGCAGCUCGUCUUCGGCGACGUCGAGGACGACGAGGACGUGCUGCUGCAGCGGCUGCGGAGCUCGCGGGGUCAGCUACAUGGAAGCUCAGAUGAUUCGGAAGUGGAAAAUGAAGCAAAAGACAUUUUUUCUCAGAAGAAGAAGAAGCCAGUUUGGGUGGAUGAAGAUGAUGAAGAUGAGGAACUAGUUGACAUGUCGAACAAUCGGUUUCGGAAAGAUAUAAUGAAAAAUGCCAGUGAAAGUAAACUUUCAAAAGAUAAACUUCAAAAGAGACUUAAAGAAGAAUUCCAGCAUGCCAUGGGAGGAGUACCUGAUUGGGCAGAAGCUGGGAGCAAGCGGAGGACAUCUUCAGAUGAUGAAAGUGAAGAGGAGGAUGAAGAUGAUUUGUUGCAAAGGACUGGGAAUUUCAUCUCCACAUCCACGUCUCUUCCAAGAGGAAUCUUGAAGAUAAAGAACUGCCGGCCUGCCAAUGCUGAACGGCCUACCACUGCUCGGAUCUCGUCAGUGCAGUUCCAUCCUGGUGCACAGGUGGUGAUGGUCUCUGGGGUAGAUAAUGCUAUCUCACUCUUUCAGGUUGAUGGCAAAACAAACCCUAAAAUCCAGAGCAUCUAUUUGGAGAAGUUUCCAAUCUUUAAGGCUUGUUUCAGUGCUAAUGGAGAAGAGGUUUUAGCCACAAGUAUGCACAGCAAGGUUCUUUAUGUCUAUGAUAUGCUAGCUGGGAAGUUAAUUCCUGUACAUCAAGUGAGAGGUUUGAAAGAGAAAAUAGUGAAGCAAUUUGAAGUCUCCCCAGAUGGAUCCUUCUUGCUCAUAAGCGGCAUUGCGGGGUUUUCUCACUUGCUAUCAAUGAAGACAAAAGAACUCAUAGGUAGCAUGAAGAUUAAUGGACGAAUUGCAGCAUCCACAUUCUCUUCAGAUAGUAAGAGGAUAUAUACCUCUUCUGAGAAUGGAGAAGUUUAUGUGUGGGAUGUGAAUUCAAGGAAGUGCAUUAACAGAUUUCUUGAUGAAGGCAGUUUAUAUGGAUUAAGCAUUGCUGCGUCAAAGAAUGGACAGUAUGUGGCUUGUGGUUCUAAGAGUGGAGUGGUAAACAUAUACAAUCAAGAUUCCUGCCUCCAGCAAACAAACCCAAAGCCAAUCAAAGCAAUAAUGAAUCUGGUUACUGGUGUUACUUCCCUGGCCUUUAAUCCUACCACAGAAAUCUUGGCAGUGGCUUCAAGAAAAAUGAAAGAAGCUGUCAGAUUGGUUCAUCUUCCUUCCUGUACAGUAUUUUCUAACUUUCCAGUUUUUAAAAAGAGUGCUCUUUCUCGUGUUCAAACCAUGGAUUUUUCUCCCAGAGGUGGAUACUUUGCCUUAGGGAAUGAACAGGGCAGGGCCCUGAUGUAUAGGUUGCAUCAUUACUCAGACUUCUGAAGAUUUUUUUUUUGAAAUCCAGUUGAAAAAUCCCAUCUCAGUACAUCUUCCCAGAAGUUUCCAAGUGUGAUAAUAUAUGAAUAAUGAUUUGUGGAAUCUGCUUAAAUUAGCAGCAGUGUCUUAAUAAAUUUAUAACUUUGACAAUAAGUGUA